UAACCUUCUGUUAUUUUCAAAACUGAAAAUGUGACUGUGGCACUUUUUCGUGUGCUCUGUUAGUGUCAGAUUUUUAUUUUUCGGUCAGCGUGGAGGCUUUACUUUGGACUGCAGGUGAACUUGCAUCUCUUCCAGUUCUUCCCUCUCCAAGGGAACCCUCAAACUAAACUCUUCCCUGUUAACCCACUUAGACGCCCCUGUCUCCCCUGUGGGGGCUUCUCUACACCGUUUGUCCUACUCUAGUUUUUUUCUGAGGAAAAGCAAACGCCAAACCAGCAAAGGGGGUACUGGGAAGGAAGACACCCCCCUCCCAAAGGUGAGAGGGGGGGAAGAUGGCAGCUCUCGCCAGCUCUCUCAUUAGACAGAAACGGGCGGUCAAGGACGACCAAACCAACCGACCGGUAGCCAACAAGCGCAAGCCCUGUCCUAAGAGCAACAAGUCCUUGUGCCAGAAACAGAUCCUGGUGCUGAUCUCCAAAGUACGACUAUGCGGGGGUCGAAAAGGUCGAAAUGAGAAAAGACCGGAGCCACAGCUAAAAGGCAUUGUUACUCGGCUAUACAGCCAACAUGGAUACUACCUGCAGAUGCAGCCUGAUGGCACCAUGGACAGCACAAGGGAUGAAAGCAGCUCAUUUUCACAGUUCAACUUAAUUCCAGUGGGACUGCGGAUUGUGGCAAUCCAGGGGGCAAAGACAGGAUUAUACCUUGCCAUGAAUAGUGAAGGAUACCUCUAUACCUCGGAGCACUUCACUCCAGAGUGCAAGUUCAAGGAGAGUGUGUUUGAGAACUACUACGUCACAUACUCCUCCAUGCUCUAUCGCCAGACCCAGUCUGGCCGCUCCUGGUAUAUCGGUAUCAACCGUGAUGGGCAGGUCAUGAAGGGCAACCGAGUAAAGAAGACCAAAGGAGCUGCACACUUCCUGCCUAAAGUUAUAGAGGUUGCGAUGUAUAAGGAGCCAUCGCUUCACGAGCUCGCCAGUGAACCAGUGAGUCCUCCUCGGAAGACAGUGAAGACGUCAGACUCGCCGUCCCUAAAGAAUGGACGGAAAGAAGCUCCCAAGGCUGAUGCCUCGUAG